CCCAUAUCCUUCCCGGGGAAUGAAAAAGAAAUAAAACAAUAUUUUACGGUUAUGUGAUUCACUGUUAUUAUCAACCACCAAACCCGUCUGUUCUCUUCCUUCAGAGGGUUUUUGUAGGGUUUCUCUAACCUACAUAGAUACAGAUAGAGAGUGUGUGUGUGUGUGUAUAGAGAUAAGACAACAAAUGGGUUCUCUCACAAAUGGAGUCGGCAGUGUUCUAAACGAAGAGAGAGAAGAAAAAGAAGAAGAACCCAUAUUAAUGGAACAGUCGCAGAGGUUUAGUAUGUUCCCAAUUCGAUACCCACUACUUUGGGAGAUGUAUAAGAAAGCCGAAGCCAGUUUUUGGACAGCUGAGGAGGUGGAUCUGUCCCAGGAUGUGCAGCAGUGGGACUCUUUAACUGAUUCUGAGAAACACUUUAUAAGUCACAUAUUGGCCUUUUUUGCCACAUCUGAUGGGAUUGUUUUGGAGAACUUGGCUGCAAGAUUCUUAAAUGAUGUUCAAAUUCCAGAGGCUCGGGCAUUCUAUGGAUUCCAACUUGCAAUGGAAAAUAUACAUUCUGAGAUGUACAGCUUGCUUUUGGAGACGUACAUCAAGGACACACGGGAGAAGCAUAGAUUGUUCAAUGCUAUAGAGAAUAUUCCUUGUGUUGCUGAAAAAGCCAAAUGGGCUUUGGAAUGGAUUCAAAGCGCCACUUCAUUUGCAGAAAGACUUGUUGCUUUUGCAUGUGUUGAAGGAAUAUUUUUCUCAGGAAGCUUCUGUGCCAUAUUUUGGCUUAAAAAGAGGGGACUCAUGCCGGGCUUGACAUUCUCAAACGAACUUAUUUCUAGAGACGAGGGUCUCCACUGUGACUUUGCUUGCCUACUGUACAGCUCGUUAAGGAAGCAGUUACCAUGGCAAAAGGUCCAUCACAUUGUGAACGAAGCUGUUGAAAUUGAGAUCAAGUUUGUCUGUGAAGCUCUCCCAUGUGCAUUAAUUGGCAUGAACUCAACACUUAUGAGUCAAUACAUAAAGUUUUGCGCGGACAGGCUUUUGGUAGCUUUACGGUGCGAGAAGAAGUACAUUGUGGAAAAUCCCUUUGAUUGGAUGGAGUUCAUUUCCUUGCAAGGGAAAGCCAACUUCUUUGAGAGAAGGGUGGGUGACUAUCAGAAGGCUUCUGUCAUGUCAAGCCUACAAGAUGGUGGGAAAAAUUUCACAUUCAAACUCGACGAAGACUUCUAGUCAUAAAAAUUUCAUUUUCGGCUUCUUACAACUAUCUUGUAGAUGAUGCUGGAACGGGGCAUUUAUAUUUUUUGAAACUUUUACUCAAUCGUGACAUGUUUUAUCGUAAACGCAAUCUAAACUCCGAUGCAAAGGCAGGGUUUUGUUGUUGUUUAAAGUUUGCUUAAUUGCGUAGUACGGAAGUUUUAUUUUAUCAAGUCGCGUUGUCGUUUAAUGUACAACGUUUUUGUGCA